GAUGCAGCAACACCUAGGAGGAAAAGAAGUAAGAGUCCACCUCCAAAUAUGUCUGAGUUGAGGAUCGUUCUGUUGGGGAAGAGUCUCCAACACACCAGUAUGGUAGGAAAUUUUAUACUGGGAAGAGCUGCAUUUGAGACUGAAGCUCCUCCAGAUUCAGUAAAGCAGCUCUGUGAGAGAGCCAGUGGACAUGUGGAAGGAACGUACAUCACCAUCAUCAAUGCAGCUCAUUUAUUUAACUCACCACUAAAACCUGAGGAACUGGAAGACUGUAUGUAUCUUUGCGCUCCAGGACCUCAUACAUUUUUACUUGUGAUAGAGGUUCACGACUUCACAGAUGAAGACAAGAACCAUCUAGGAUCAUUACUAAACUUUUUCAGUGAACAAGCAAUAAACUAUGCCUUUGUGAUUGGCAUAAAGCAGGAUUCUAAAAAGAGAAAGUCUGGAGGACAGUCAAAUGCUUCUAAAAAGUUAAUAGAGGAAUGUGGUCAGAGGUAUCAUAAAUAUAAGCAAUUACAGAAAAAUAAGAAGUCACGUGGUCAGAUUUUUGAUGACAUCAGAAGAGUGGUCAGAGAGAAUGGAGGAAAUUAUCUCAUAUUUGAGCGUUUUAAAGAUGUGCAUGAGAAAUUUAUCCAAAGUGAUGAAAACCUUGAGAGAGAGGGACAGAGGACAACACAAGAUCUUUCUGAUGGCACAAAGGAGAAAUCAUCUUUAAUGGGAAGUGUCUUGGGUAAAAUUGGUUUAACUACAUUGCUGACAGAGCAAAAGACUGGAGAACACUCGACAAGGUUGCCAGAAAGUGAUUCCUCAUUGCCAGUGUUGAACUUGGUCUUGUGUGGAAGUGAUGAAGCACUAAAGACCUCAGUAUCAGAGCUCAUAUUGAGCCAGAGAGAUGUGAAGACUGGAAUAGUUGACAGACAUCGUCUCAGGCUGGAGGUGAUGCCAAGUCUCUACAACACUCAUCUCUCAGAUGAGGAAGUGAUGCAGGAGAUUCUUCGCUGUAUCUCUCUUAAUAAUCCUGUCCACGCUUUUCUUUUCAUCAUUCCUGUUGGUCCUCUCACAGAUGAUGUCAAAGAAGAAAUAGAGAUGAUUCAGAGAACCUUUGGUUUAAGAGUCUGUGAUCAUAGUUUAGUUCUUUUUACCAGAGAGAAUGUUGAUGAAGCUGCUGCAAGUAAAUUUGUAGAGAAAAGUUCAGAAAUGGAAGAAAUUCGACACAUGUGUGGGGACAGAUAUAUGAUCUUGGAGAAAGAAGAAAAUCGGAGAUACAAACAGGUGACAGAACUGUUAGAGAGAGUAACACAUAUGAAGAAGAUUUAUUCUCUCCAAAUGUAUAUUGAGGCACAGAAAGAUGGAGCUAAACGGCCACUAGAGGAUGAACUGUCUGAAAUGAAGAAGCAACUUAAAGCAAAACACCAGGAUGCAUGUGCAGAGAGUGAAAACUCCAACUGUUUGAGAUUAUUACUGAUUGGGAAAACAGGAAGUGGAAAGAGUGCAACAGGAAACACUAUUCUAGGAAGAGACGAGUUUGAGAGUGACGUGAGCAUGAAUUCUACGACAGGAAUGUGUCAGAAGGGAUUGGGAGAAGUACAGGGCAGAUCAGUAGCUGUUGUGGACACUCCAGGACUCUUUGACACCACAAUCCCAAAUGAAGAAGUAAUACAAGAAAUUGUGAAAUGCAUCUCAAUGGUGGCACCAGGACCACAUGCCUUCAUCAUUGUGCUGAGUGUGGGAAGGUUUACUGAUGAAGAGAAGCAAACACUGAAUCUGAUUAAGAAGAUGUUUGGUCCUGAUGCUGCAAACUACAGUAUAGUGCUGUUUACUGGAGGAGAUAAACUGAAAAAUAAAACAUUUCAUGAUUAUCUUAAAGCUGGUAAUAAUCCACUUGUGAACAGUCUAAUCAGAGACUGUGGUGGAAGAGUUCACUUGUUUAAUAACAAUAUAAAAGAUACCAAACAAGUUAGUGAGCUUCUGCAAAUGAUCGAAGAAAUGAUAAAGUUCAACAGGGACAAUUACUUUACUAAUGAGAUGUUUGAGAAGGCAGAGAUGUCAAUACAACAGAAACAGAAGGAGAUGCUAAAAGAGAUAGAGGAGAAGAUGCAAGCUGAGAGAGAGGCUCUGAAGAACAGAUAUGAAGAAGAACUGGAACAGAUGAGGAAUAAUAUGGAGAAAGAGAGAGAGAGAUUGGAAGAGGAAAGAUGUAAAAGGGAAAACAUGUUUAAGGAGAGGGAAGAAGAAAUGAGGGGAGAAUAUGAGAAGAAAGAAGAAGAAGAGAAAGAGAAAUGGUUGAAAGAGAACCAAAGAAGAGAAGAAGAGGAAAAACGACAGACUGCAGAAAAUAACCACAUGAUGGAGGAGAUGAGGAAAGAACUAGAACAUCAAAAAGUUAAAUUUCUCCAACAGAAAACUGAAAAAGAUGAGGAGGACAGAAAAAGGGCAGAGAGAGAGAGAGAGGAUAAAGAACGCUUUGAACAACAACUAAAGGAAACAAUUACAGAACUAAAACUCAAACAGGAAGAAGAAAUGCAAAGGAGAGAUGAGGAAGAACAAAAGAGAAGAAAAAAACAGGAAGAAGAGAGAGAAAACUGGAAGGGAAAAAUGAAGGAGGCUGAAAAUGAUAAAAAAGAAAUUAAGGAGGAAAUUAAAAGGAAACUGAGAGAACAGGAGAUGAGAUGGAAAGAGCAGAUGGGAGAGAGAGAUAAAGAAUACAAGAGAACAAAAGAGAGACAUGCUGAAGAACUGAGAGCACAAGAGGAAACUCAGGAGAAAAUGAGGAAAAGGUUUGAAAAGGAAAGAGAACAAGAGAGAAAUGAGUGGCAGGAGACAGAAAGGAGGAAACGAGAGCAAAUAGAGAGAGAGUAUGAGGAAAGUAAAGAGAAAAUAAAGCAGGAGUAUGAGGAACGGGAAAAAAUAAGGAAAGAAGAAUGCAAUAAAAUAAUCCAAGAAGACAAUAAAAGAAGAGAAGAGGAGCAAAAGAUUCUACAGAUACUGAAAGAAAGGAUGGAAGCAGAAAGACAAGAGGAAAUGAAAAGGAGAGAGAAAGAAGAUAAAGAGAGAAAAGAAAAAGCAGACAGAGACUAUGAGGAAAUGAAAAAUGACUAUGAGAAGAAAAUGAAAGAAAUGGAGAAAGAAAUGUACAGUAAAUAUAAAGAUGAAGCUAGAAAAAAAGCUGAAGAGAUGAAUGACUUAGAGGGAAAACAUUUUAAAAAAAUAAUAGAAUUGAUUCAGAAACAUCAAAAUGAUUAUGAUGCUCUCAAAGCUCUAUAUGUAAGUAAAACAAAGUUAGAGGACCAGCAAUGGAAAUGCAAUAUCCUUUAAAACCUAAUGAUACUUGAAUGUUUACAUUCACACAAGACAAAAUAACCUACAUUAUUGAGACUAUGAUGCUUACUUCACUUUUUAUCACAAGAAAGAUAGAGACAUUUUAUAGAUAAGUUGGUUUAAGCCAGUGCUUCUCAAUUAUUUUCCCCCAUCUCUCCGCCUUGACUGUAAAUAGUAUUAUUUGUCUAUAAAAUUUAUAUAGUACACCUCUGCAUAACAUUGUAUCCUUAUUAACGUUAAAGAAAACAAAAAAAGAAAAAAGAAAGAAAUAUAGAUCAACUUACAACAAAGAAUAACUUUAUUAACAUUUUUUUUAGUCUGUAACAGAAAAGACUUAAUUUGCAUCAAUUUGCCUGAAAUUAAAAAAAGAAUU